ACUCACACCAAAUUAUGACACACAUGCAUGAAAAGAUAAGCUACGUCGAUAAUGCUUUUAUAGAAUUCCAGGACCAUUGUAAAAAUUCUGGAACACGCAGAGACGUAUCUUCUCAGAACUAGAAUGUCGGAAUUAAAGAAUCGACGGGACAAGAUCAUCAACAUCAUUCAACACAACCAGACAAAUCGGACAUUUGGUAAAUUUGAAAAUACACGAAUGCUUAGAUCGCAUAGAAGCAGAAAUGAAACGAGUAAAUUCCACUGCAGAAAAAAUUUUAAGAUGCGUCCAAAAUCGCCAUCACGCACCGCAGAAACCGGCUAUUUUUCCCAUAGCGUCGCUUCCGGACAUGGAUGCUUUUGAAAAGAUCGACGAAGAUGGAUAUUCCAACGCCGUAAAUUAUUUCUGUUAUAUUGGCGGUUUUAAUUUGAGAGAAGCUGUGAACAUCUGCUGUUUGAAAGAAAGUUUGAAGGAUACUAUCGCGCCGUCUUUUAUUGUACAUGGUGGGGCCGUGAAGGACAUCGGUCAUUAUAUGAUACUCGUCUUAUUAUGGCGAUUUAUGGUCGUAAAAUCAAUUAUAUUUAUUUAUGCAUAAUAUUAUUUUGUCCGUAACAAUAAUGCAAUUUGCGUUUAAUUUUUAGAUAGUGUGUGCCAAAACAAACACUUUGAAAAACCAACGCGCUCU